CAGUGUUCUAAAAUGAGUCUCUCUGGGGAACAUGAGACCAAAGCUAAGAGUGGAUGGUCUACUAUGUUAGAGGAUCAGUCCAGGUGUGCAGUGUGUCAGCAGGUUCUGAGGGAUCCAGUCUCUACCACCUGUGGACACAGGUUCUGCAGACAGUGCAUCACCAGAUACUGGGAGAAACCUGCUCCUUCAGGAGACUAUGACUGUCCUCAGUGUAGAAAGAGAUCCAGAACACUUCCUGUACUACAGCACCUGAGGGAACCCAAUGAUGCAAGAGGCUUUGAAAAAAUGGAUGACAGCCUGCAGAAAGCUAUAGUAAAUCAUAAAGACAGUCUGAUAAGGAGGUAUGAAUGUGUAAUAGAAGGCAUCGAAACAGCAGGGAACCAAACUCCCCCUCAACAGGAUUUACACAGAGCUCUACAUCACAGAAGGCGAGAGUGAAGGGGUUAACAAUGAACAUGAGGUGUGGCAGCUAGAGACAGCACCCAGGACACCAACCUCACAUGACACAGUAAUCCACUGCAAUGACAUCUUUAAACCCUUACCUGGCCAAGAGAGAAGCAUCAGAACUGUGCUGACGAAGGGCAUCGCUGGCAUCGGAAAAACAGUCUCUGUGCAGAAGUUCAUCCUAGACUGGGCUGAAGGGAAGGCAAACCAAGAUGUGGAUAUCAUAUUUGUGCUUCCUUUCCGGGAGCUGAACUUGAUCAAAGAUCGUCAGUACAGUCUUCUCAGACUUUUAAAUGACUUCCACACAGAACUAGACAUAGGCAAUGCAAAGAAACUCACUGCCUGUAAAGCUAUGUUCAUCUUUGAUGGUUUGGAUGAAAGCAGACUUCCAUUGGAUUUCCAGCACAAUGAAAGGUGUCUGAUGUCACCCAGACAUCAUCUGUUGAUGUUCUGCUGACAAACCUCAUCAAGGGGAAUCUGCUUCCCUCUGCUCUCCUAUGGAUAACCUCCCGACCAGCAGCAACCAAUCAGAUCCCCCCCUCAGUGUGUUGACCAGGUGACAGAAGUACGAGGAUUCAGUGACCCACAGAAGGAGGAGUACUUCAGGAAGAGAUUCAGUGAUGAGGACCUGGCCAACAGAAUCAUCUCACACAUAAAGACAUCAAGGAGCCUCCACAUCAUGUGCCACAUGCCGGUGUUCUGUUGGAUUUCUGCAAUAGUCCUUGAACACAUGUUGAGUACAGACAAAAGAAUAGAGAUGCCCACGACUCUGACUGAGAUGUUCACACACUUCGUGCUCAUUCAGACCAGCCUGAAGAACCAGAAGCAUCAUGGAAGAGAUGAGAUGGAACAAGAGGAGCUCAUGGAGUCAGAUAAGGAAAUUCUUCUGAAGCUGGGGAGGCUGGCGUUUGAAAAUCUGGAGAAGGGUAAUCUCAUGUUCUAUGAAGAAGACCUGAACAUUUGCGGCAUUGAUGUCAAAGAAGCAUCACUGUACUCAGGAGUGUGCACACACAUCUUUAAAGAAGAGUCUGUGUUAUUUCAGAGAGUGGUGUACUGCUUUGUACAUCUAAGCAUUCAGGAGUUUCUCUCAGCUGUCUACAUGUACCAUUGUUACACAAGCAAGAACAUGGAUGCACUGAAGCCCUUCUUCAAGAGAAAGUCUGAAGAGCUAACCUUGCAUGAGCUGCUGAAGAGUACCGUGGAUAAAGCCUUGGAGAGUAAGAAUGGACACCUGGACCUUUUUGUUCGCUUCCUUCAUGGCAUGUC